CUUGAGCUAGGCCUUGGGGGCCCAAACAUAUUUUUAUACUGAAGUUGUUCUUGAAAAACUACUUCUUCUAGAAACAACUUCUGGAUCUGCAUCUCUUUUCAAUCUUCAAGAACUCGUAUCCUUGUCCGCAGAAGCUCCAAACGUCCCCUUCCCUAAAACCUCUCCGCAAAAGCUUUCAACAAAUCCCCAAAUCAAACAUUCUAGCAGACUCGAAAAAGAUAAUCUUUUUAAUGCCAUUACCGUCAAUUUCUCACUAAAUUAGUGGAGCUUGUAAAUGCUGCAAUUUCAGCUUUCAUUGAUAUUUCCUGAAUCUUCAUCAAGCUGGCAUAUCCAGAGACCAGAGUACAUACCACUAAAGGCCUAGACGUUGUAUGCUCGCUGGCUAAACAUCAAGAGAAAUUGGAGUGCCGACUAUUCUUCACCAGGUUGUUCUUUACUUUCAUUUUUCAAAGGUAAGUCCUAAUUACAUGUCGAAGCGUAGUUUGUCAUAGACUUCAUUGACAGUACCUUGCUUUUUUCCUCUUCUAUAGAAUAAUUCCUUUUUUACUAGAUAGGUGAAAACAUGAAUCAAGUUCUUUUAGCAAGAAUGGAGUUGUAAAGAAUUUGAUUCUUCAAUAUCAUCCACUUACGGAUAUAGUAAUCUUCAUAUAGUAUUCUGCACUUUAAAAUGAUCCUGCCGAGUAGAGGCGAAGCUAGGAUUUUGAGGUUAUGAGUUCUAGAUUCUAGAAAAGACAACUUAUUGAAUUUUGGGCCAAAGCUACUUCAUUUUGUUCAAUCUGUGAACAAGCUUGUAGCUCUGCCUCUGCCUUUGCCUCUGGCUCUACCUCGGAGUAUUCUUGAAGCUAAGUUUAGUUUUUUUCCCAGUGUAAAGGAUUAGUAGUCAUUUUGGAAUGAAACAACAUGAUCAUUCAAAACUCUUAUAUCCGACCUCCCAACUUGCUCGGGUGGAGGCAUAGUCAUUGUUGUAGAGGGUUUGAUAGCCCUUUUCUAUGUUACUUGACUUUUCAAAAUUGUUGCUGUUUCACCCGUGCUGGACACGCAACUGGUGACAUUUUUGAAGAGUUCGAGCGAUAUAGCUUUCCCUAGGCCUAAAGUUUAAAUUCCUUUUACCUGUAUCAAUGGUCUAAUAUCAAAUAAAGGUGCUUGGCAACAAGUUCAGAAUCCAUCAGAAUUCAAAUUAUGUUCUUAAUGUGGACGGCAAUAGUUAUGUAUAUUUACUUUGAAUAAUCUGGAAUAAUAAAGUGUGCAUCAUGUCAUUUUAAAGUUUGUUUUGACUCCUAAGAUCAAAUUUUAUUAAUCUACAUAACGGUUUGUCCGAGAUUUCCUGAAAAACUUAAACAUCCAUUUUGUAUGUUAAACGAUGUGUUUUAGUGACUUUGAUCAUAGUUCUUAAACAAUUCGUCUGUUUGAUAUGUAAAACACUCAUCUGCGAAAACCGUGACAAAUUGUUUGAUUAGUUCCAAUAUAAGAAUUACAGUCCAAAUAUUGUUUAUGUUAAAGAAUCAUUACCUUUUAUAUUGAUGUUUUAUACUUUUGUUUUAGUUGCAGAUUCUAAAUAUAAGGAAUCAUUUUUUUCUAGCUGAAUCUAUGUAGCUUUUAGCAUAAUAUUAUCUUAGUAGUCAUAGUAUUGCUUUGGUAGUUUCUUGUCCUUCGAUUUCUGGUACUCUCUAUUGUUUUAUGUACCUUGAUUAUUGUAUUGUAACUUCUAUUCUCUUACUAUCUAUUGUUUUUUGUUAUUAUCUUAUGUUUCUUGUACUUCUGUUAUUUCUUUUUCGGGCUUGUUUUUCCUUUAGUCGAGAGUCAAUUGGAAACAAUUUUGCCGUUUCUAAGAUAGUGGUCGGGUAAGGUUUAUAUACACGCUAUCAUUCUCAGACCCCACUUUAUAAGUAUGUUAUUGUUGUUUUAUUGAUGCAGUUGCCCUAAUUUAUUGAGUUUUACAGGUUGGUCUCCAUGUAAGGCAUAUUUCUGUUGUUAGCAAUUUGCAGAAGCAAAUAACUUGUGAUGCGAUAUAAGUCAGACGGAGUAGUACCGAGCAAUUAUUGAAUAUAUAUUUGAGCAACUGGCGUUAGAGAAAUGUCUCUGCUUACAAUGAUGGAGCUUAAAUUUGGUUACUGAUAAACCAAAUUGGAGAAGCUAUCAUGACAAUUCUUGAAGAAGUUCUCGAAUCACAUGUAAUGGCUAAGUUCUGAAAUUUCUGCACUGCUCAUUUGAAGGUAUGCUAAAAAGGUCGAAACUUCUGAUUCACAUACGUGAAGAGCUAGGAUCUCUGAAUAGGAACCCUACAUUUGCAUUUUGUACUUGUGUGACUGAUGACAAGGGUGAUAAUGCUAAAGCAAGGGGCGAUGGGUCGGAGUCUGAGAAUGAAUGGGAAAGAUUGCUUAAGCCUUUUGACUUCAAACAACUCCAAAGAUCACUCAAUAAAAUUACCCCGUAUCAGCUCAAUAAAUUAUUGGCACUCCCUUUGGAUGUACCAACAUCAAUGGAGCUAUUCCAGUGGGCCAGUAGCCAAACGAGCUAUUGCCACUCAUUUGAUGUCUACUAUACUUUAAUUGAUAAACUUGGGGCUGCCAAGGAAUUUAAGAUUAUAGAUAGAUUGUUAUUACAGAUGAAAGAUGAAGGGGCAGUUUUCAAAGAGUCCCUCUUUAUUAUGAUAAUGAGGCAUUACGGAAGAGCUGGUUUACCAGGGCAAGCAACUAGAAUACUUCUGGAUAUGUGGAAUACUUUCUCUUGUAAACCCACUUUUAAGUCAUACAAUCAAGCGUUGGAUAUUCUGUUAGCCGGAAAUUGUCCCAAAGUUGCUCCAAAUGUAUUUUAUGAAAUGUUGGGGAAAGAUAUUUCUCCUUCUGUAUUCACGUUUGCUCGGGUGAUACAAGCAUUAUGUAUAGUCAAUGAGGUAGACUCUGCUUGUUCACUUCUCAGAGACAUGACAAAACAUGGGUGUGUACCAAAUUCAGUGAUUUACCAGAUUCUUAUUCAUGCACUUUCAAAGUCUAAUCGGGUAAAUGAUGCGUUAAAACUUUUGGAGGAGAUGUUUCUUAUGGGUUGCAUACCCGACGUCAAUACUUUCAAUGACAUUAUCCAUGGGCUUUGCCGAGCUGAUAGGAUUCAUGAGGCUGCAAAACUGGUUGAUCGGAUGCUUCUUCGAGGUUUCACCCCCGAUGCUAUAACUUAUGGAAUUCUGAUGCAUGCUUUAUGUCGAACAGGGCGAGUAGAUGAAGCAAAGGUUCUUCUCAACAAAGCACCUGAACAGAAUAAUGUCCUCUUUAAUACGUUGAUCAAUGGCUAUGUGACUAAUGGACGAGUUGAUGAAGCAAAAACCAUUCUGAAUGAGAACAUGUUGAUUAAAGGUUAUCAACCAGAUGUUUAUACAUACAACAUUCUAAUUCGAGGUCUUUGCAAGAAGGGAAUUUUGUCUUCGGCUCAUGAAGUUGUAAAUGAAAUGUCAUCCAAAGGUAUCCAGCCCAAUGCAAUUACGUACACCACCUUGAUUGAUGGCUUCUCCAAGGCUGGCCGCCUACAGGAAGCUCAUGACCUUGUUACUGAGAUGUCAGCAAAAAAUCUCAGCCUAAAUAUAAUGGGUUAUAACUCUCUUAUAUCAGCUUUGAGUAAACAAGGAAUGAUCCAACAGGCAUUGGAAAUUUUUGGUGAUAUGUCGAGCAACGGCUGUAAACCAGACAUUUUUACAUUCAAUGCUUUGAUUUUAGGCUUUUGCAAGAUUGACAAGAUGGAUGAAGCUUUGGGGAUAUACCGAGAUAUGUUCCAGGAAGGAGUUAUUGCUAAUACAGUUACCUACAACACAUUGAUUCAUGCUUUCUUGAGGAAAGGUAAAACCCAAGAGGCGCUUAAGCUUGUAAAUGAUAUGUUAUUCAGAGGAUGUCCCCUUGAUGAGAUCACAUACAAUGGCCUCAUAAAAGCACUUUGCAAUGAUGGAGCAGUUGAGAGAGCAUUAGGACUUUUUGAAGAAAUGAUGAGAAAGGGAUCAAAACCUAAUCAUGUAACGUGCAACAUCUUGAUCAACGGCUUUUGUAGAAUAGAAGCGUUACAGAGGGAAUAGCUGUGCAGAAAUGGUGAAUUACAAGUUCCAUCAGUAUCAGGUUGUUGGGAGAGCUUUGCCAUCUGAAUCAGAUUAGCAUCCCAAGAUUUAUCGUAUGAAGCUAUGGGCUACCAAUGAAGUUCGUGCUAAGUCCAAGUUCUGGUAUUUUCUGAGGAAACUUAAGAAGAGCAACGGGCAGAUGCUGGCUAUUAAUGAGAAGUACCCAACAAAAAUCAAGAACUAUGGUAUUUGGCUCCGUUACCAAAGUAGAACGGGAUACCAUAACAUGUACCGUGACACCACAUUGAAUGGUGCAGAUGUACACUGAGAUGGCUUCUCGUCACAGAGUUCGCUCACCAUCACUGCAUCCAGAUCAUAAAGACGGCCACCAUUCCAGCUAAGCUCUGCAAGAGGGGGAGAGCACAAAGCAGUUCCAUGACUCCAAGAUCAAGUUCCCCUUGGUGUUCAAGAAAAUCAGGCCACUGAGUAGGAAACUCGAGACCACAUACAAAGCAACUAAGCCCAACUUGUUCAUGUAAAACAUGUGUUUAGUCGUGUGUUGAGAAGCAAAUUCUAAAUUCUGCAGUUUUGGUGCUUUAGUUUAUCUCAAAUUAGUAUUCAUUGUGUAAGAGACAAGGUAAA